GAUUCUGGUAUUGCGGCUUCGCGCGUGGUUCGACCCGAUCCAAAAUGGCGGCCGUUCAAUGUCGUCCUCUGAAAAGGCCAAGACUUGGUCCUCCUGACGUCUAUCCUCAAGACGCCAGACAGAGAGAGGACGAAUUGACGGAGGAAAAUGUCAAGAAAGGAUUCUCGUAUCAGCCUCUCUUCAGCUGCAGUGAGUAUGGGUCCGCAAAAGACAUUGUUUCCAAUGUACCCCUGUCAAAGUUUGUCCAAAGCUUCAAUAACGUGACCCAAGAAAAACAGAAAAUCAACACUUUUCAGGAUGCAAACAAGAGGAAAUCACAAAUAGUCAAGGAGAACUUUUGGCCUGUAACAGCAAGGUCAAGGAACUUGAUACAGCAGUGGUUUCUUGAUCUGGCUGGGAACAAGCCACUCAAGAUUUUAUCCAAAAAAGUACCUAUUCUUAACAAGAAGGAGGAAAUUUUUAGCAGCCUGUGUGAUAACGAUGUUCCCAUGCUGCGGGCGGCAUGGUUUAUUAAGAUGACGUCAGCCUACAAUACAGUCAUAUCAGAAGCAAAAAUCAAGAAAAGAAUUAUUGCAGAUCCCUCACUAGACUGGACGUUCUCCUUGACCAAGUACCUCCGUGAUCAGCUAAUGAAGGUAUCAGACUUCUAUCAAGGUCACUUUUCCGGUAUCUCCGCGUCUCAGCACCAGCAAAGGAUGACAGCAGAGGUAGAGCCUCAGCGACAAUGGAACUAUACUGUCCGACUUGCCAACUGGCUUUAUGAGGAGAGCCUGUUGGAUCGUCAAGAGUUCCUGCACUGGUUGCUAGAUGUGUUUGAGAAAAAGGCCAGUGACGAUGUGCUGCUCAAGUACCUUGUGCCAUUGAUUCUUAGGUAUGUGGACCAGUUUGUGUUAUCACAAACUCUUGCCAAAAGCCUGGCCCAAGUAUGCACCAAGAAGCUCUCAACUCUCUACCUUGCCGCAGAGCAGAUGCAGUCAGAGCAACCGCCGAACCAAGUCACCAAACCUCAGACGAACAACAGCUUCCCUACAGCACUCUCCACAAAUGGAUCAAAUGACAGCUCUUUUACACCCGUUACAUCUUCAUCCUCUACAUCAACUGUGCUUUCCCAGUACAAGAACUGCUCACAACAUAACUCCCUGGUGCUUGCACUAGGCGCAAUUAUCCAGGCAGUAACCAUAUGCUGUCCAGGUGCCUUGGUAUGGAACUCCACUGUCUGUUCGUCUGGUCAGUCAUCAUCCAGCAGUAACUCUGGAGACCAGACCAAGCCCCAAGUACUUGGAUCUCCAUUAGAUAGGCUUCCAAUGGCGCCUUCGGCAUUACCAAUGCCUGGAGGUGGAAGCAACAAUCCCAUCAACCAAGAGGUGAUGCUUUCACUACUUGCAAGUGAAGAAUCAGUCAAAACUCGAGGACUAGCUGUUGAAUCUCGCUGGUCUCCCGACAAAUACCAAGACAAGACAUCAGCUGUCUGCUUUUCAGUCAUAGCUGUGAACCGAGUGCUUACCACUCUGGAAAUACUCGACAAGUAUGACUUCACCCGGGCAGACAACACCAACUGUAUUGACCUUCUCUAUGCCAAGAUAUUCACCUCUGCCUCUAAAGGAAAUAGAGAGCUGACUUCAACAGAUGAGGCCAUUGCCCUAUUGCUAUGCGAAUGGGCCAUUUCAAAGCAUCGUGUUGGCAAGCACCGUGCUUUCGUUGUGGCUAAACUACUACAGAGAAGACAGUCAGAUCUGUUGAAUAAGAAAGAUGAUAGUACCUCAGGUGGUGAAGAGAGCAACAGCUCUCGUCACAACCCCAUAGCCACACCCGUCUGUCAGAAAGUCCUCCUGGAAUUCCUAGAUAACUAUGCUCCAGUGGUUGAAAGUUACCAGCACAGUAAAGGGGACCCAAGCUUUGCACAACUUGUGCUUUUGUUCGUGGAGCUAGUCCGACAUGACGUCUUCUCCCACAAUGCCUAUCUGUGCACUCUCAUCUCGCGAGGAGAUCUGCAGCCUACCCCUGCUGUAUCCAUACCCUCCCCACCCAGGCAAAUAGGGGAGACCCCCCUGCCUUUGCCUGUAAUGUCAGACAUCGAGGAGUGUGUCCAGGAGGGGGAUGCUCAUGGUGUGCCAGGGAUGGAUGUACCAAUGUCCACACAUGAAGAUGUACUGCGGAAAGACCUCAGUAGUGAACUCGAGCUGGACCGUGAGCUGACUCUACACCAGGAGCAACUUGAGAGGUUGCUUGACCAGGGUGACGCUGAGGGGUGUCUGGACCCUGACCAGGCCCAGUCUCUACACAUGGCAGUGUCUGGUGUCCAGGGAAUCCAGACAGAUCCGGGUCUUCAGUUCUACUCCUCUACGACUGAACUGUCAUCCUCUCACGGCCUCAAAGAGUCAAUAUCCAUUGAAGCUGCCUCUCACAGCUACAACAGCAAGUCCCAGCACUUACAGUAUGCUACUCACUUCCCCAUCCCACAUGAAGCAGCCACGACACAUGAGUGUAACCAGAGGCUGGUGCUGCUGUACGGUGUUGGUAAAGCAAGGACGGAAGCCAUCAACAAGAGCAAGGAGGUCACCAAAUUACUGGUCAAGACCCUCUAUGAUCUUGCAGGUUCUGGUCAUGGAAGUGUUGGUGGAGGUGAAUACAGCCAGUGCCUCACCACCUCGGAGCUCAGUGAGCGUCGCGCUAAGGAGGAACAAUGGACAUCUCUCUACAGUAAAUUCUCCAGCCUACCAUGCUUUGAUCAGUAUAUGGCAGUGGCUGAGUGUGCCAACGCCCUGCGUGAUUUGCGCAUGUCCAAUCCACCCAUGUUUGGCUUGACUUCACGACUGCCUAGUAUUGACCAGCUGGUAUUCCUGUAUGACUUGUAUGAGUUAUCAGGAGACAUUCAUGGCCUGUUGGAGUUCAUUGCUUUUGUCUUGAUGCCUGAUGGUGAUGACUAUGCUCAGAUACAGAUAAUACAGAAUACAUCAGUGAUAGGCACCCUACCCACCAAGUCUAUCGUGACCAUUGCCAUGUUGCGCCGCUACCACAGCUGUCUAGUUCUCAUGCCUGAUCACAUUGCAAGGGUAUUCAAAGGACUUCUGCAGACAGUCGAGAAUAUCGCAGAUCCAGCCGUGUGCACUUCAUCUGAGCGCUGCAUCCUCGCCUACCUCCAUGAUAUUUAUGCACCCCAGGGACAACUAGGGGUAAAGUUUGCUGAGAUCUUUAGCACGGCUCAUCAAAAGAUCAAAGACUCCAUUUGUUCCACGACUAAACCUUCUGCCACCACUGCACAGUACGACUCCAAAUUCAUGACCGAGUACUUCCAGAAUCCCAGGACAAAGCGGUUAAACGGGAUCUGGGACCAUCUGCGGAUGCACAAAAGACCCUCCGAUGUCUACAGUUUUGUAUGCAACGCCAUGAUGAAUGUGUGUAACUGCCAGAACAGCGAGAGGUUGUAUGAUAUCGCAGUACUUUGUGCAGAAGUCACGGCUCAUUACAGUCGCCUCAGCUCUGAGUGGCUGGGCAUCCUGAAAGCCCUCUGCUGUUCCUCAAGUAGCGCUGCAUGUUUCGUGGACUUCCUCCUAGAGGUGGACGUGAGCGAUCUGUCGAUCCACGAAUCUGUGGCCACGUUUACUGCGCUGAUGAUCGCGCGCCACUGCUUCUCCCUGGAAGACGUUAUUUAUCACGUGGCUCUACCCUCCCUGCUCGCCGCCCUACCCUCAGGUGGCGAAAACCAGGAGGCGGAGGCUGGGGCGAGACUCACGUGUCAUCUUCUGUUGCGCCUAUUGGAUGAAUCCACUGACGUCAUGUCACAUGAUCACUCGUCCGCAUCCAAGUACUCGUUCAAGUCCUCGCCGGAUCAUAAUCUCCUGGCGGCUGCGCAUGAGCACAUAGUGGUGGACGCUGUACUAGCGGUAUUGAAGGCGAUGCUCAAGCUAUCUGAAGCAGGUCGGAAUAAUGGUCUUGGGUCACACGGUACCGAGUCGUCACGUGACGAUGGAUUCAGAACCUGGUUUUCUGCUAAGUUGGAUGACUUCAUGGACAGCUCUGGGAGCACAGGAGAUAUCUUCCCUCCACCACUGGCGUCCAGUCGAUCAGCGAUGGAGACGUCCAACACGAGUGCAUUCGCAGGCUUCACCCUCCAGGUGAUCUGUAGUCAGGAGUGGGUGCGGGAGCGGUGCCUCCACGACCUCGAGAAGCUUUGCUCACCGGAGCUGCUGCUAGAUCCUGCUCUGACCGUCAGUCAGGCCCGAAAACUGUUACAUUUGAUCUGUUAUCCUGCCGGCGUCCCCACCUCGCUUGGAGGGCCAUCCAUACUUCCUGGUGGCGAGACAGAAACCGUAAAGGAAGCAGCUAGCAGGAUUCUUCAGAACUUGGACCAAUGGUCUCUUCGCAAGUCCUGGCUGGAGCUGCAGUUGAUGAUCAAGCAAGCAUGCAAAGACGCCCAGAUUAUCGCUAAGCACUCGCCAAAAGAGGAGGUGGGUCCCCUACUAGACGCGAUCGCCACUGGCGCCAUGAGUGUCUUCGUCCAGCGGCACGACACCUCACCACUCGCCACAGCUCACAACAGCCCCAAGUCCAGCAUCAUCAAGGGUCCAGAGUGGCUCGUAGCUCCUCUUAUCUCCAAGCUUUCCAACUCGGUUCAGGGGAGGUUACUGAAAGCAGCGGGAGAGGUAUUGGGAUCAAGGCAGUGGUGGAAAGAACACACAUCAAAAUCAUCCGGGUCCACCUUGGUCCACACCCAGCCUUUCCUAUCGCUUGUCUUAGCGUGCCUCAAAGGCCAGGAAGGGCAACGGGAAGGUCUGUUGUUGUCAAUCAGUCGGCAGAUCUCGCAGUUGUUACAGGCUCCAGUUGAGGAGAGAUGCCCGGCGGACCUUAAGAGCAAGGAAGUUUUACAAGAAGCCUUGCAUUUACGCAUCAGCCUGGUGGGGGCGAUGUUUGACACCAUUCAGCGCAGCGUGGCCUUGUCUAGUGAUUGGGCGAGUGUACUCUUCCAACUCGUGAGCUCCGGGACCAUCACCACGGAGUCUCUGCCUUCCAAAAAGGAACUACUGACGAACGUUCUGGACAUGGUAUGUGUACUCAUCAGUGUGGUUACCAACACGGACGGGCUUUCAGGACCAGCUGCCGAAGAGUCCAGGAAAGCAGCGGGUGCACUAUUCAAGAAGCUUAAGCGCGAGCUUGCAGGCAAGAGUCCCAUGGAUAUUAUCCAGUGCAAGCAGUUGCUCCCGUUGCCCUCUCUGUCACACAACGUGUACACCGUGGAGCCCUCGACGGAGACAAGCCCAGCACAGACCGACAUGCAGGGCUUACAAAUCAACGGGAAGCAAAAAAUCAGCGCGUGGGAGUUGAUGGAAGGACAAAAGAACCCCUCCCCCUUUGCUUGGGCAUGGUUUGGUGCCGUGCGCAUAGAGCGCAAGCCCUUGAGGUACGAGCAAGAAUUCCGCAAGCUUAUGCACCACAACCAUGCCAGGCGAAAACCUGCCAGCUACUUCAUGAAUACGAACCAUGAAGACAGUGAGGAUGAUGAGGAGGACGAGAAGAUGGAAGCUGAGGAGGGGGGCGACAAAUCCAGUCAACCUGCGACACCACAGACACCUGCCGAGGCUAAAGGCCAACUUAAAUCCAUCGGGACCCCCGGAACGCCCAGUUCCACUUUGGGACAAGCCACCCCUAGCUCCCAGCCCGACCAAGCGGUCGCCACACCUGAUGAGAAACCCAAACCCAAAGCUCGUCGCCCUGCUGUCAAACGACAGCGAUCACAAGGGCCGAGCAUGGCACAGCAACGUAAACUUCAGCAGCAGCUGCAGAAACAGUAUCUCCAACCCCAGCAGGCAGGGAUGCUGUACGGCCAACAGGGGCAACAGUACCUCCCCCAGCAGGGCGUGGCAGGACAGAUGGCUCCUGGGGCUCAACCAAGGAGACCUGGUCAGACAACUGCAAUGCUUGCGCAACUUCUACAACAACGCCAACAACAGCAGCAGCAACCCCAACAAGCCCAGCAGGCGAUCUACAUGCAACAGCAGUUACAGCAACAGACACAGCAGCUACAGCAACAGACACAGCAGCUGAGACACCUACCGACACCUCAACAAACGAUGCAGCCUGGUCAAGCAGUAACACUACGACCAGAACAGCCUUAUGGUUUCAGUCAAGCCCAAAGACCCACCAACCUGCAGAUCCCAGCACGCCCUCAAGGCCCAGCAAGGGCUUCCACGCCCAACACCCCUACCUCCAUGGGACUACCCACCUCAGCCGGGAGUAUGAACCCACCCUCGGUAUAUGGAACACAAGCAUACCAAGGUGGAAAUCAAGGCCUUACUCACCCAAUGCAACAACAGCAACAACAACAGUUCACCCUUCAGCAACAGCGCCCAAUGCAGCCCCAGGCCCCAGGUCAAGGCACGGCUAUCCUUCAGCACCCGCUUCAGGCUGGCACCCAACAGCAACAGGGAGGUCAGAUGAACCAGGGGAUCCCGAUGUCGCAGAUGAGCCAAGGCAUGCAGCUGCCUGUGAUGAAUCAGGGGGGACAGAUAUCUCAGAUGAGUCAAAGUGGUGCAAUGACACAGAUUAACCAAGGUCAGAUCAGCCAGAUGAGUCAAGGGGGGCAGUUGAAUCAGAUGAACCAGGGGGGACAAAUGUCGCAGAUGAACCAGGGUAUGCAAAUGCCACAGAUGAGUCAAGGGGGACAAAUGCCACAGAUGAACCAGGGGGGACAAAUGACUCAAAUGAGCCAAGGAGGUGCAAUGACACAGAUGACUCAAGGCCAGGCGGGACAGAUCAGUCAGGGAGGGCAAAUACCACAGAUGAACCAGGGGGGACAAAUGCCACAGAUGAACCAGGGGGGACAAAUGACUCAAAUGAGCCAAGGAGGUGCAAUGACACAGAUGACUCAAGGCCAGGCGGGACAGAUCAGUCAGGGAGGGCAAAUAUCACAGAGCAUUUAUCAACAACAACAGAUGACCAAUAGGGUCAACAGUUUGAAUGCAAACCAACAAUUACUAGUCAAGCAAAGAUUGCAGAUGGUUUUAAAGCAACAACAGCAGCAGCAACAACAACAACAACAACAACAACAGCAGUUACCUCAAGAGAUAAUGAGGCAUCUAAGGCAAUUCCAAGGUGGGUCUCAGGAUAUAGGAGUACAGCACCAAUUCACUACUGGACAAGACAUGAACCAGCUUCAGAGGCAGAUGUCUGCACCUUCAGAUGUUGGCAUGCAGCGUCAAGUAUCACAAGAUAUGGCCUCAUUCCAGCGCCAGCUUUCCGCUCCAGGUGGUGUUCAAGAUUUAACACAGCAACAACAACAACAGCAGCAAUUUAACAACUCUCAAUUUCAGCCAGGACAAUUUUAGCAGUAACCUCUAAAGGUUACUUUCUAUAAAUUCCCGUUUAAGACAAAAAAAUGUUUUUAAAACACUCUAGAGUGUCGCCUUCUAAAUAGCCACGCUUAAUUUUUUUUAUCUGAGUCAAUAAGGCUGUGUUAUUGUUAAGUUGAUUUUUAUCACUAGAUGAUUCAAAAAAUCUCAAAGGCACAACAUGUCAGACACAAAGUAUUGGGAAAUUCUUUUCCACAGCUCGUGCCAUUUAGUUCUACAAACACUGGAUAGAUAAACUUAUUAUAGCAGUCACUUAAUAUCAUUAAUAUUGCAGCUGUAUAAAUAUGACUGGCAUUUAGCAAUUGUAAAAUUUAGAUCUGUAUGGUGUAUUGCCAUAGACAAUACCUAGGAAAUGUACAUAAAAUAAAUAAAAUCAAAUGAAGCAGGGGAA